AUGACAGCUAGUAACGACAACCUACUGUCUACAACUUUUGACAAGAAAACCAUCGACAACCACAAACCAAAUCAAAAACAUCAUGAUAGUGACAAGUUGAAUACACCUUUCGUUGCGGCAACAUGGAGCGUUAGAACGUUGUACCAGACUGGGAAAUUUGAGAACAAUUGUCAAAUAUCAGAUAGAGUUUUGUUAGUCAAAAUACGCGCAAAAGCUUUUAACCUUCCUGUUAUUCAAGGUUAUGCGCCAACGUCUGAAUGCAGUGAAGAAGACCUUGACGCUUUUUACAGAUAUCUUGGUGAUGCUUUAAAAAUUUGUAAAUCUCAAAAAGUUGUUAUUACAAAAAAAUACAUGACGUGGUUGGUCCUCACGGGACACUUAAAAGAGAUGAAAGGGAUAGGUAAAAGAGAUGAGAGGAGAAAAUUUGAUUGA